AGAUGUCUCUCUUGGCGAUUAAGUACCACCGUGGACAUCUGGAGAUAUUAAACCAACUUCUCCUUCCUCAUGAGUCGGUCUACGAGGAAAUUUCUUGCGUUGAGGACGGUUGGCAAGCAAUUCGAUCGAUGAAGGUGAGAUUUUUCUGGGGGGCAAGUUUGUGUGGAGGACUUGUUUUUCUUUGCUCUUUUGGUCUGGCAAAAAAGGGGUUUUUUUAUCACCUUUUUAGGCGUGAAUAGUGUAGGCUCUCGUUAGCUUUAAUGAACUUAAAAGAAGAAAAAAGAGGAACGUGUUUGGUUUUAAAUAAGGUAAAUAAGAACUGGACGUAAACUGUGAGGGUAAUAGCCAUGCCUUUGAUACACUGUAAAUGUUCCCCCGGUCUCCCCCUCUUAACACGCAACAGCUUUGGCUCAAAAGAUAACCGCCGUGUUAUUGGAAAUAGUUAAGUUUAUAGCGGAGUUAAUUACUAAAUCAAAGCUACGUAUUACUGCCAGAAAUGGUGUGGAUAUAGGAAUUAUUACUAUUUCCACACCAUCGAUUUUUUUUUUAAAUUAUUGCGUUAAACUAGGGUAGAAUAAAAUGCUUAUUCAUCCUGCUUUGGUGGAUGGCUAUAUACGAACUUUUGUCCACGUGUCCCAUUUUUGUCUGACAUCUGCAUCUCCAAGGUGCGUUUUGAAACGUUUUGAACGGUUUGGGUACGUUCCUAAAUAAAAAUUAAUAUGCCAUCUCAGUUUUCAAUUCAGGCAAUUAUAAAGGAGAGAACCUGCGAUUGUCUUCUAUCUUGCAAGGGGCUAAAAGUCUAUUUAUGAACUGCUUUUAAACCAGGAUCUUCAUGUAAUAAGUACUGUAUGUAUGCCAACCAAGUGAAUGCAAAACAAGACAAAUUUUGUGCUGUAUGUGCAAACAGAGGGAUCGCAAGUGAACUUGUACAAUUCAGUGUCAGCUUCAAGGAAACUGUUUUUCUUUGUGUCCAGCGGGAUUGUUUUUUCCCAUUUGGUCAUGGAGACAUUUCCGGCUUCUUUGAGAGGAAGAAAUGUAAAGAAAGGGCAUUAUUUUCUGAUAAGGCAAAUUUUGCAGAACAAAUUUGUUUCUCCUCAGGAUGUCAUGAAAAAUUUUUUAUCACUCAUGGUACUUCCUUGGAGCAAGGACUCGUCCACCUAAAAAAUGAAAAGCUUCGUCUCCUUGAGAAAGUGGACAGAAAGUCUUCUGGAUUUAGUCCAGUUCGUAGGGAUACAUUGUUUUUUAAUUGCAGAAGGUCAAGAAUGACGUUUUUUAAACCAUACAUCCCAACAAAAAGACAGUUGUGCAGUUCUUCCUUAUUAGCAAUUGAAAGCAAUAUUGAUCAUUCAAGUACAUGUAUGCAGGAACCACAGGAUCUGUCUCAGCGUAACAAAGAACUUACUAGAGAUGAAGAGCAGUUUCUUAUUGAUGUUGUCUUCAAAUGAAUGAAGUGCUAUUAAUACGACUGUGUAAUUGUACAAUGAAUUUCUGUGUGUCUCACAGAUUAACCUGAGUUAUACACAACUGUAGCUAAGGAUAUUUUACAUUUUAAUCACACAGCUACAGUUUGUUUGUGAUCUUUGUGAAGUUUCAUUGUCAUUACACAAGCACUUUUUCUCACAAUAUUUUUUUGCUAUUACUUGCUGAGUGUGAGCUAGAGAAACAACAUUUCUGCAAUUGAACUUUCUCCAAACUCCAAUUGAACUUUCCAGUAAUUUUAUCUAAGUGGAUUGCGUCCAUACAGUGUAGCUGUCAUAGAGAGGAGGUCAUUAUUAGAAGUUGGAGUGUACACACAUAGUUUAUUCAAUGAAGGUUGCUUUGGACAAUUCAUUGUAGCGAGUUCCAUAUGCAAAAAUGCCCCAUUGUCAAAGGAAAGCAAGUGUUUUUGAAUUAGCUAUAUACAGAGUGUUAGUGUGUUUAAUCAAAUGGUGACGAGUCAAAUUAUUCUCUAAUUUCAUGAACAUACCAUUUUGAUUACAAUGUACCUAUUUUAUAAUAUAGUUAUAAUUAUAUUGAUGACAAUUAAGCUUACUAUUGUAGUUUUUUGACAUGUUUAUCACAUUGAUUAUCAAUCAAGAACUUCCCAUGCUGAAAAGUGCAGAGCUUGAAUUCUGGCUUUAGUUCAGAAUUUUCAGAAUUUUUCGACAAAAUCACUUGAUAGAAUCCUUCUUGAUGUGCUUUUGGUGAGUUUAGGAAAGCAAGCUUUUUUGAAUUAGCUAUGUACAGAUUGUUAGUAUGUUUAAUCAAAUGGUGAUGAGUCAAAUUAUUCCCUUAUUUCAUGAGCAUACCAUUUUGAUUACAAUGUAUCUAUUUAAUAAUAUGGUUAUAAUGUAUUGGUGACAAUUACACUCACAAUUGUAGUUUUUGACAUGUUUAUAACAUUGAUUAUCAAUCGAGAACCCCCCACACUGAAAAGUGCUGAGCUUGAAUUCUGGCUUCAGUGCAGAAUUUUCAGAAUUUUUCGGCAAAAUCACUUGAAAGAAUCCUUCUUGAUGUGCUUUUGGUGUGUUUAGGUUUUCUGAAGUGUCUUGUAAUGUCCUGAUAAUAUCUUUAUUCAUAACAUUUUUAAACCUUGCUGCCAUCUUGGCACUGAAACGUAUGGAAUGUUGCCAUAGCAAUUUUGUAUUUUUGCUCGUGAAAUCAUAAGUUAUAUGUACACUGUAACUUUGAAAUUUCAUGCAAAAUUAGGGACUACUAUGAUAUUAUGUUUAUUUCAGGUUCGUGGUGCCCCGGCUAUUGCUAUAGUUGGUGCCUUGAGUUUGGUGGUGGAACUGCUCCAGCAGUCAUUCAGUUCAGCGGAAGAGUUGCUAAAGUUUAUAACAGAGAAGCUUGACUACCUUACCACAGCUAGACCAACAGCUGUAAAUAUAUCAGAGACUGCAAAAGAUCUAGUGUCUUUUGUUACAUAUUUAUCUUCAGUUAAAAGUGACCCUCAGGAUAUCAAGAUAAAAGUCAUUGAGGAAAUUGAAGGAAUGCUGGCAAAAGAUGUGAGCGAUAAUCAGUCUGUUGGCAGGCAUGGGGCAGAUCAUAUGGUACAGCUGACAAGCUCCGAAAAGUUGAAAGUACUCACUCAUUGUAACACUGGCUCUUUAGCAACAGCUGGCUAUGGAACUGCUCUGGGAGUCAUCAGAAAGCUAUAUGAACAAGAGAGGAUUGAACAUGUCUUCUGCACAGAAACAAGACCUUACAACCAGGGUUCACGGCUGACUGCUUAUGAAUUGGUCUAUGAGAAUAUUCCAUCCACUUUAGUAGCCGACUCCAUGGUGUCUUUGCUCAUGAAGACCAAGGGAGUGCAUGUGGUUGUUGUUGGUGCCGAUAGAGUUGUUGCUAAUGGAGAUACUGCAAACAAGAUUGGAACAUAUCAGAUAGCUAUAUCUGGUUAGUGCGAGGCAUUGAAAUUAUAUUAGUAAAAAAUUUUUUCUUUCUUGUGUACAGUGUUUGUAACUCUUACGAAACUAUGCAUGGAUUGAAGCAUGAUAUAUGUUAGUAUAAAUUAUCUAUAAAAUUAGAAGUGAAAAUUUAUAUUUUUGAAUUUUCUAGAUCUUUAAUUUUUGGAAUUUGUUAGAACUAUUGGUACAUCAUGUUUUGUUAUAGUAUACGACAUUUUUGCAUUUAUUUUUUUCCUUUCUUGACCUAAUAAUAAUUAUUAUUGUAAGAACUGUUUUUUAGUAAUGAUAUCGUAAGAACUGAUCAUGGGUUUCCACUUAUCAAGAUUAGAAUUAGUUAUCAUCUAUCAAUUAUCUCAAAAAAUAAUUGAAUAACUUGCGUUGAAGUAGUCUAAUCAAUAUACAGUGUAUUUCUGUGUGAAAGUGUAUAAAAGUGUGAUCUGAUUCAAACAUGUUGAAACUGAACUACCAGUUUAGUCUAGAUGCCAUGUACAAUUUAGUUUAAAGGUGCAUAAUGCAUUUCAUUUCCUGUAAUAUUCAAGUUAGACCUGCAGAGUGGGACACCCUUUGCUCCCUUACAUGUAUAUAGAGACACAGCUGUAAGCAUUCAUGUAGUAAAUUCGCGUGAGCUGUGCAUGAUUGAUCAAGUUUGCUUUUUACCCAGGCAGUAUUCUAAGAUACACCCUUGUGCAUGUAAUACUUGUGUUGACAUGUCAGUACUUAAAGGAUUCAAAUGGAUAGCUUGAAUAUUUGUGGAUUCCAGUCUUUUUUCACCAAAUUAAUUAUUAUUAUGGGAAGAGGUAACCUGAAAAAACUAUACACUACUUUCGUGUAAGUAAUUCAGGUUUAUUGGAGAUAUUAUAAUAGAUAAAUUUAAUCUUAAACUACUCAAAACUUGGCAUAACAUAUUAAUUAUUUCUCUCUUUUUUUUUCCUCUUUCCAGCCAAAUAUCAUAUGGUUCCAUUUUACGUUGCUGCACCCUCUACCAGCAUAGAUUUGUCAUUAGAAAGUGGUGAGCACAUUUCAAUAGAGGAGAGACCUGCCCAUGAGCUGACAACACUGGGCGAUGUUCGUAUUGCAGCUCAUGGGAUUGGCUGUUGGAAUCCAGGAUUUGAUAUCACCCCAGCAGAACUGAUAACAGGAGGCAUUAUAACUGAAUAUGGAGUCUUUAAACCACAUGAACUUAAACAGGCAUUGAUGGAGAGGAUCUAGGGCUCAUUCUUAUAAAAGUGUAACUUUGUUAAGUGUUGGGUUUGUUGUAGUACAUGUCUAGCCGGAUUUUUGAAAACGCAUCUAGUGAAAUCAGCAGCCAGUUGAGGGGGAAAGGCUGGCUUCUGCGUCUGAUAAGGCUGAAAAUCAUGGAAAACUAAAAUGAGAAGAGAAGAGAAAGAAAGGAGGUGAGGAGAAAGAGGCAAUGUUUGCACUCUUAUAGUUUUUAAAUUGGCUACUUUUGAGAUACAGUCAUGUAGUACUUUAACCUGAGUUAUACACAACUGUAGCUAAGGAUAUUUUACAUUUUAAUCACACAGCUACAGUUUGUUUGUGAUCUUUGUGAAGUUUCAUUGUCAUUACACAAGCACUUUUUCUCACAAUAUUUUUUUGCUAUUACUUGCUGAGUGUGAGCUAGAGAAACAACAUUUCUGCAAUUGAACUUUCUCCAAACUCCAAUUGAACUUUCCAGUAAUUUUAUCUAAGUGGAUUGCGUCCAUACAGUGUAGCUGUCAUAGAGAGGAGGUCAUUAUUAGAAGUUGGAGUGUACACACAUAGUUUAUUCAAUGAAGGUUGCUUUGGACAAUUCAUUGUAGCGAGUUCCAUAUGCAAAAAUGCCCCAUUGUCAAAGGAAAGCAAGUGUUUUUGAAUUAGCUAUAUACAGAGUGUUAGUGUGUUUAAUCAAAUGGUGACGAGUCAAAUUAUUCUCUAAUUUCAUGAACAUACCAUUUUGAUUACAAUGUACCUAUUUUAUAAUAUAGUUAUAAUUAUAUUGAUGACAAUUAAGCUUACUAUUGUAGUUUUUUGACAUGUUUAUCACAUUGAUUAUCAAUCAAGAACUUCCCAUGCUGAAAAGUGCAGAGCUUGAAUUCUGGCUUUAGUUCAGAAUUUUCAGAAUUUUUCGACAAAAUCACUUGAUAGAAUCCUUCUUGAUGUGCUUUUGGUGAGUUUAGGAAAGCAAGCUUUUUUGAAUUAGCUAUGUACAGAUUGUUAGUAUGUUUAAUCAAAUGGUGAUGAGUCAAAUUAUUCCCUUAUUUCAUGAGCAUACCAUUUUGAUUACAAUGUAUCUAUUUAAUAAUAUGGUUAUAAUGUAUUGGUGACAAUUACACUCACAAUUGUAGUUUUUGACAUGUUUAUAACAUUGAUUAUCAAUCGAGAACCCCCCACACUGAAAAGUGCUGAGCUUGAAUUCUGGCUUCAGUGCAGAAUUUUCAGAAUUUUUCGGCAAAAUCACUUGAAAGAAUCCUUCUUGAUGUGCUUUUGGUGUGUUUAGGUUUUCUGAAGUGUCUUGUAAUGUCCUGAUAAUAUCUUUAUUCAUAACAUUUUUAAACCUUGCUGCCAUCUUGGCACUGAAACGUAUGGAAUGUUGCCAUAGCAAUUUUGUAUUUUUGCUCGUGAAAUCAUAAGUUAUAUGUACACUGUAACUUUGAAAUUUCAUGCAAAAUUAGGGACUACUAUGAUAUUAUGUUUAUUUCAGGUUCGUGGUGCCCCGGCUAUUGCUAUAGUUGGUGCCUUGAGUUUGGUGGUGGAACUGCUCCAGCAGUCAUUCAGUUCAGCGGAAGAGUUGCUAAAGUUUAUAACAGAGAAGCUUGACUACCUUACCACAGCUAGACCAACAGCUGUAAAUAUAUCAGAGACUGCAAAAGAUCUAGUGUCUUUUGUUACAUAUUUAUCUUCAGUUAAAAGUGACCCUCAGGAUAUCAAGAUAAAAGUCAUUGAGGAAAUUGAAGGAAUGCUGGCAAAAGAUGUGAGCGAUAAUCAGUCUGUUGGCAGGCAUGGGGCAGAUCAUAUGGUACAGCUGACAAGCUCCGAAAAGUUGAAAGUACUCACUCAUUGUAACACUGGCUCUUUAGCAACAGCUGGCUAUGGAACUGCUCUGGGAGUCAUCAGAAAGCUAUAUGAACAAGAGAGGAUUGAACAUGUCUUCUGCACAGAAACAAGACCUUACAACCAGGGUUCACGGCUGACUGCUUAUGAAUUGGUCUAUGAGAAUAUUCCAUCCACUUUAGUAGCCGACUCCAUGGUGUCUUUGCUCAUGAAGACCAAGGGAGUGCAUGUGGUUGUUGUUGGUGCCGAUAGAGUUGUUGCUAAUGGAGAUACUGCAAACAAGAUUGGAACAUAUCAGAUAGCUAUAUCUGGUUAGUGCGAGGCAUUGAAAUUAUAUUAGUAAAAAAUUUUUUCUUUCUUGUGUACAGUGUUUGUAACUCUUACGAAACUAUGCAUGGAUUGAAGCAUGAUAUAUGUUAGUAUAAAUUAUCUAUAAAAUUAGAAGUGAAAAUUUAUAUUUUUGAAUUUUCUAGAUCUUUAAUUUUUGGAAUUUGUUAGAACUAUUGGUACAUCAUGUUUUGUUAUAGUAUACGACAUUUUUGCAUUUAUUUUUUUCCUUUCUUGACCUAAUAAUAAUUGUUAUUGUAAGAACUGUUUUUUAGUAAUGAUAUCGUGAGAACUGAUCAUGGGUUUCCACUUAUCAAGAUUAGAAUUAGUUAUCAUCUAUCAAUUAUCUCAAAAAAUAAUUGAAUAACUUGCGUUGAAGUAGUCUAAUCAAUAUACAGUGUAUUUCUGUGUGAAAGUGUAUAAAAGUGUGAUCUGAUUCAAACAUGUUGAAACUGAACUACCAGUUUAGUCUAGAUGCCAUGUACAAUUUAGUUUAAAGGUGCAUAAUGCAUUUCAUUUCCUGUAAUAUUCAAGUUAGACCUGCAGAGUGGGACACCCUUUGCUCCCUUACAUGUAUAUAGAGACACAGCUGUAAGCAUUCAUGUAGUAAAUUCGCGUGAGCUGUGCAUGAUUGAUCAAGUUUGCUUUUUACCCAGGCAGUAUUCUAAGAUACACCCUUGUGCAUGUAAUACUUGUGUUGACAUGUCAGUACUUAAAGGAUUCAAAUGCAUAGCUUGAAUAGUUGUGAAUUCCAGUCUUUUUUCACCAAAUUAAUUAUUAUUAUGGGAAGAGGUAACCUGAAAAAACUAUACACUACUUUCGUGUAAGUAAUUCAGGUUUAUUGGAGAUAUUAUAAUAGAUAAAUUUAAUCUUAAACUACUCAAAACUUGGCAUAACAUAUUAAUUAUUUCUCUCUUUUUUUUUCCUCUUUCCAGCCAAAUAUCAUAUGGUUCCAUUUUACGUUGCUGCACCCUCUACCAGCAUAGAUUUGUCAUUAGAAAGUGGUGAGCACAUUUCAAUAGAGGAGAGACCUGCCCAUGAGCUGACAACACUGGGCGAUGUUCGUAUUGCAGCUCAUGGGAUUGGCUGUUGGAAUCCAGGAUUUGAUAUCACCCCAGCAGAACUGAUAACAGGAGGCAUUAUAACUGAAUAUGGAGUCUUUAAACCACAUGAACUUAAACAGGCAUUGAUGGAGAGGAUCUAG